AUGUACUACUGGGGUGAUUGGGAUUGGGAAUUAAUCUUAGAUUUAGUUGGGAUUAAUAUUGGAAUAGUAAGACGAUUAGUAAAAGGAUUAUUAAAAGGCCAUAACAAAAAGCGAGUAAGAUUAUCUCCUAGUGUGCGACAAGUGAUUUGUGAGUGUUAUUUAGUAAAGAUACCGGGUGUAACCAGUUGGAGUCGACUGGUGAAAGAAGAGUCGGGUGAGUACUUAAUAAGUGGAUGCCGGGAAUGUCAGCACGUAAGUAAAAUUAGAGUGCUUUGUAAGCGCAAUAAGUUAGAUUGA